AUGUUGCUGCCACCAUUGGGUGCCUGUGUCGUGGUGGGGCCAUUCCGGGGCCCUGAGUGGGAGCCCGUGCAGGGCUUGUUCUCCCGGCACGGAAGCUGCAGGGAUCCCUGGUGCUGCUGCAACCUGCUUGUCCUCUGCCUCUUCCUGAUCUGGCAGAUCCGAAGGUAUUGGUACCAGGUGACCAGGACCUGCUCCAGCAAGAGGAAUGCCAUCAAAGUGCCAUCACAGAAGUGGGCAGUGCCCUCCACCAGACAUGAAACUUCCUUCAGGACGGUUCCUGAGCUCCUCUUAACUCCUGGCAAAAUCGGGGACCUGGAUGUUCAUGUUCAUCAACGGACACCAAAACAGAGAUGGGGAUACCGGUGGGACCUCCGGCAGCCGUGGCCCCGGUGCUUGCUGCCUCCACAGACCUCAUGUCAAGACCUUCCUUGGGGUGUUCACAUUUCCUCUGAGCCCAUCUUUUGUACGUCUUCCUUUUCAAGUUCCUGUCUUUUCCCUCAGGACAGUUCUUGGGAAACAUGGCAGGUUCCCCGGAGCCUUGAGAAUAGCCAAGCUCACCCUUCCCCAGACACAUGCCAAAGAAAGGAGCAGCAGCAGCUGGUUCCCUCCUGGGAGACGGCGGUGCCAGCAGAGCCGGCUGUUAGAAUGAAGGGCCGCCCCACCUCCACAACCUUACCGAUCUCUCUCCCAAACCUGCAUUCAGCUCAGAGCCUGAAGUCCUGUGUCAGAGAGUUCCUGCCUGAUCCUCCUAACCAACAAGUGAGAAUGCCCACCUGGAAGUCCUGGGGUAGCCCACCACAGCCCAAGGCACCAUGGAAUGAAAGCCAGAUGAUAGACAGGAGAUAUAGCAAAGAGAGCCAGGCCCUAAAAUGUAUAAACCAGACUGAAAGCAGAAGGGAGGGUGCUUGGGAAAUCCAAGCCUCUGGAGACCAACUCCCAGUGAACGCUAGAAUGGAGGAUGGUGCAGAGGCCAAGACCCUGAGGCACAGAAACCAGAGACUAGUAAUAUGUGAGACUGGUGAUGAGAACCUGACACCAGUUGGGGAGAACCGGGUCCAGAAGGGAGUUGAAAACAGAGUCCAAACUGGAAAAUCAUGGAAGAAAACCCAGGGGGAGUCUGGCGAUAGCAACCCAUCUUCCCAGGCUCACAUGGGAAGGAAUCAAGAACGGUUAAGAUCUAAAACUGACACAGCAACUCAGACAGCAGAAUGGGGGAAGCAGGAUAAGAGUGAAGGAAGGACUGCUGCGGGGACCCAGGCAUCUGAGAAGAAGAGCGAGAAAGAGACCAGAGCCAGACAACAGGAUGAUGCAGAGUCCCAGACCCCAGAGUGGGAGAAACAGAGAUAUACUAGAAAUGAGAAUGAGAUUCCGACACCAGCCGGAGAGGAAGAAUGGCCGCGUGGAGGUGUGCAAGCCCGGAAGGUGCAAGCAGCUAAGAGAGAGAACCAGACCCUACCAAGACAUGCAGCUCAGGUGCUGAUGAAGCAGUUCAGGGAGAUAAGAGAAGAGGACUGGGUGGUGAUCCAGGCACCAUGGUGGGAAAGCCAGAGACUACUAGUGGGUGAGAUUCACAGAGAAUUCACCGUACAAUGUUGGGGAAAUCAGAGCCAGGCUAGAGGAGAAUACAUGGCAGAGGUUCAGGCACCAGAAGAGAAUGACCAGCGAGGUGACGGAAAAGAGAAUAUUGCAAAUACCUUCACACCUGAGGCUGAGAAUCAGGGACACGUGAGAGGUAAAGCCCAUGUGCAGACGUACUCUGCAGAGAGGGAGAACAAGGAACGGAAUGCAGAGAAUGGGACAGACACUCAGGCCUGCGGGAAGAGGAACAUGGGAGGGGGUGUUAAAGGUGAGGAUACAGAGAACCAGGAGCUUGCAAAAGAAGAUCAAGGUCUUCUGGGGAAUGAAUUUCUUGAAAAGAUCCACAUACCAACGUGGAAGGAUCAGGAAGUUAUUAGAGGCAAUACUAGCAAAAAUACCCAGGCACCCGAGGCAGAGACCAGGGAAGAAUUAAGAAGUGACGCUGAAAUCGGCGCAGCAGAGAGUGAGAAAGAAGAGCAGGUUCAGGGUGGGUAUGGUACAGAGAUUCAAAUGCUAGCCUUGAGAAUCCUGAGAAUUGCUGGAGGAGAGAGCGGUGUAGGGGCCUGGGCAGCCAGGAAAGAGAGGCAAAGCCAUUUAAGAAGUGAGGUGGGGAUGAGGACCCAUUGGUCAGAAUGGAAGAACCAGGCGCAGGAGGCGGGUGAGGGCAGAGUAGAAGUUCAAGCCCCAGAGAAGAGAAGCCAGCAAGCACUUGGAGGUGAGCAUGAUGCAAAGACCCGGACACCCGAGAGAGAGAACGGGGGACAGUUGGAGAGUGAACUGGGAGGGAGCUAUUCUCCAGGGCAGAGUUGCUGGGAACCCACUGGAGGAGAGAACGCUGCCACUGCCGAAAACCAGGCAUCAGAGAAGAGAAACUGGAGAGUGGCUGGAAGCGAGGAUGCCAGAAAGAUCCAGAGGCUUAGGAGACAGAAGCAAAAGCUGUUAAGAAGUAGAGUUAAUGGGAAGAGCUACUAUUCAUCGGAGUGGAAGAACCAGCGGCAUUUUGGAAGAGGGAACGGUGCAAAAACUCAGAUACAAAGGAAGAGGAACCCAAGAAGGCGCACAGGAGGUGGCAGUGUAAAGACCCAGGCCUCUGCGAGGGAUGACCACGGGCAGUCAAGACGUGGAAGUGACGGAGAGAUGCAAAAGCAACGGUGGGGAAAACAGAGCAAGGGUGCAGAUGAAGGUGCUGCGGUACCCCAGGAUAGAAGGAGCCAGAGAAAACACGGAGCUGAGAGCGCUGGACUGUCUCAAGCACCUGGGAGAAGAGAUAAGGGUCUGGCCAGAGGCCAGGAUACUGCCAUGGCCAGUUUCCAAGGUGACUUCUCUGGGGCCGAGGGGCUCACAUGCAGGAAAUAUAACCUGGCCCAGCCCCCAACCCUCACUGUCUCUGGAUACGGGGUCCUGGAGCCCAAGCAGACAGUGGCUGUGACCGGUGUAGACUCUCCUCUCUGUCCUGAGAGGAGUCCCCAUCCCCACUGGGGUGAAGUUCUCAUGCUGCAUGGUGGGAAGGAAGGACAUCUGACCAGUCAGGGCACUGCCCGCUCCUGGAAGCCCAGAACUGUGGUCUGUCCAGCCUCCCAGGAGCCCAAGGGGCCAGUCCUCAAGAAGAGCAAACAGCUGCUCCUGGAGAGUCUCAUGCGGCGGAGGGCGGCCCACCUGCGCUGGGGCCUGCCUCGGCGCAUCCUGGAGUCUUACUUGCGCUUUCACUUCUUAGAACCUUGCUCGCUGCCCCAAGCUGGGGUAAGGCUGUCUGAAUCAAGCCCACACCAGGAGCUCCAAAGGCCGGGGGAAAGGCGUCGUGAGGGUCAGAGCUCCCUGCUAGGCCUUAGCUCUGCAAAGAGGUCCCAAGGUGUUCCAGCUCUUGAAAGAAAAAGCUCAAAGCUCCCCAACCAGGCCAGGGCUCUGGAGAAGAGGUCAGAGCCAAUGGGCAAUUCCAUCCCAGGAAGGACGCCCAGAAUCAGGCCACCAGGAGGAGCCAGAGCAUCGCACAUGGAGGAAGAACUCCCUAAGGGACCAGUCCUAGCCUCCAGGAAUCCCAGGCUGGCAUCUGAGUCUCCCAGCUGGUGUGGCCCAGGAAGAAGGGUCCGAGAACCUUCCAGUAAGAACAGCAGGGCCAGGGGGAUGAUCAGACCUGGGGUCUCCCCAAUGGCAGAGGCAGAGAGGGCUUCUAGCAGAGCGAAGGUCCCAAUCUCUACAACUGGCCCCGGCGGCAGGAGAAAGGAGGGCGCCCUGUGGGGGACCUUGGAACCCUCCAAACCCCACCGUCAGCCGACUUACUGGAGAAAUGGAAGCCUGGAGCCUGAAGAGGACAGACGGGCCUGGCAGCCACCUUCCUCUUGGUUUGGACAUGCAUCCAGAACCAGAGGAAGUGUCCACUCUGCUGCAACCAGGCUGAGCAUGACUCUCCUCAACAGGAUGCCCUGGUCCCCACAGCCCGCCAAGCCCCGGAGCUCAGUCCCUGACCUCUCCCUGCCACAUUCAAGAGGGGACACCAUCAGAGGCUGCACUGCUCUGGGGAGGGACCACCAGUCUCGGGGACACCCCGGCGCUGGGGGUCCUCUUCCUACCACAAAGAGCCACCAGGGGCAGGAGGCACCUGGGAUCCCAAAUGGGGUUCUACGGAAUCCACCAGCCUCACAAAAGUUUGGUUUAAUGAAGUAUCUGAGAUGUUUUCUCGGCCAGCAUGGCUUUAAGAAGUAG